AUGGGUUGGUUUUGGGGUGACAACAAAAAUGAUCCGGUGCAGAAACUCGAUCCGAGUCUGCGCGAGUAUCUCAAGCAGGAGACUCCAGACAAAUAUGUCCCUGCGCCGGAUCUGAAGCAACCAACAGCUACAACUACGCCCUCGUCCUCGCCGAUACCAGAGUCAACCGAAUCCUCCGAACCCAAGGCCCCUGCGCAAUCACUGUAUCAGGAUGGCCGCUAUGCCGAUUUAUGGAAGACAUACAAGCCUCCGGCGAGUGUGGAUGAGAACACUGGAAUGCGUGGAGCGGAGCGAGUGAUUGAGAAAUUCAAGGAGCGCGGCGAUACUGUACAACGGGCUGCAAUGGAGAACUGUGCCUUAGAGCAUGAGGCCUUGACUCUCUGUUUCCAGACUGGAAACUGGCGCAAGCAAAUUGAGUCCCGAUUAACAAUGUGUGCCGCGGAAAAUGGUACUUUCUCUCGGUGCUUCACAACCCAGACCAAAUUCCUUCAGGCUUUGGGUUAUGCCUCAUCAUUCGAAUACAACCCUGAGAAAGAAGAACGAAUUCAGAUGCACGCGGAUAAGCUCUACCACCAGAUGCUCGACUAUGAGAAACGAGUCAAAGAAGCAAAGGCUGCUGGACUUGAACCACCACCAAUUAAAUCGCUCUUCAACCCUGAGAAAGUCCCUUCAACUCCAGAGAAGACCGAAAACCCGUUGGCCUUUGAGAUUCCUGGCGGGGAGUCCAUCCCGACCGGCUUUAAGCCAUCCAAGCCUCUCCAUACACUCACUCCACAUGAGCGUGAAUUGGAGAUCCGAGCCUUCAACUCCCAGCUCGAACAGCAGAAACUCUACGCAGAAGAGGCUACUCCAUUUAUGAAGUCUCAAACGGAUGCCCGAUCAAAGCGACAAGAGAAGGCCGUCAGCAUGUUUGGCGAGACACUUGGAAAAUGGCUUUCAUGA